AUGGCUGUAGCUCCAAUCUUGCUUCGAAUGGUGGCUUCGUCCGUAUCACUGGCUGCUUCGGCUGGCCAACAUAUUCGUAGAAUUAUGAAAACUGGACAUCUUGAAGUUAUAGAUAAGGGAAUUAAUGAUCCGCAAACUGAAGCUGACCGUGUUGCUCAGCAGCAUAUUAUCGGUUCGUUAAUAAGGCAAUAUCCAAAGGCAACCAUCAUUGGAGAAGAAGAUCUGGAUCCAAAUGAUAUUUCGCCAGAAUUAUUUUCUUCUGAUUCAAGUGAAGAUGUUCUUAAACUAAAAUGUCAUGAAAAGAUACACAGUAUAAAAGAAGAAGAUGUCGUCGUUUGGGUUGAUCCAUUAGACGGAACUAGAGAAUUUGCACAAGGCUUCACGGACCAUGUAACUGUCCUAAUUGGAUUUGCAUUUGAGGGUAAACCUAUUGCUGGUAUCAUUCAUCAACCUUAUUAUAAGAACAGUGAGAGUCGGCUUGGGCGCACACUAUAUGGUAUUGUAGGCAUUGGAACCUACGGCUUUACUUACACGACACCGCCAAAUGAUAGGUGUAUAGUUAUUUCAACUAAAUCACGGAUUAGUCAAGUUAUCACUGACUCUAUUAACGCAAUGAAACCGGAUAAAGUUCUUCAUGUUGGGGGUGCUGGGUACAAGACCGUUCUACUACUAGAAGGUGCUGCUGAUGUAUAUCUCUAUGCAAGCAAAGGAACGAAAAAAUGGGAUACUUGUGCAUGCGAAGCUCUUGUGGAGACUAUCGGAGGGAAACUUACAGAUGUUUUUGGCAAUCAUAUGCAGUAUCAUAAGACUGUUGAACAUAUUAAUGAAUUUGGAGUGCUUGCUACGAUGCAAAAUCAUGAUCGCUACGUCAGUCGUAUACCAAUAUCCGUUCGAAACACAUUUUCUAAGAUUUAA